AUGGCGGCCAGCCACCUCCGCCGCGCCUUCUUCUUCGCGCCCGCGCUCUCCCGCGGCCGGUCCCAGCCGCCUGCCCCCGUCCUCUCGCACGUCGCGUUUUUCUCCGGCCCUGCCUCCCCGGAUCAGGCCGCGGCGGCGGAGGCGGAGGCGGAGGCGGAGGGGGAGGCCGCGAGCGGAGCUGGAAAGGGAGCGGCACCGGGCAAGGAGGGGAAGGGGGAAGAUGCUAGCGCGGGGAAGGAGGCGGCGCAGGAAGACGGCGGCGAGCACGUGAACAAGGCCACCGGCGAGAUCGGCGGCCCGCGUGGGCCCGAGCCGACGCGGUACGGCGACUGGGAGCGCGGUGGCCGGUGCUCCGACUUCUGA